UCGAUAGGUGUCAAUACGUGUUACAGAGUAGAAGAUUUAUUUGGUUAUGAGUAAACCGCCGAUCUUGAUACGUUUGUGAGACAUUUGAAAGUAAACGACGUACAGGUUGCACGUGGUACGUAAAAAUAUAGAAAACAUCACAAACACGGUACUCUGUGCAAUACGUAGUAGCUGAAACGAUGUUCUAGCCGAUUUUCAUCUUCGUAAUUGUAUUCGUAGAAAUAUAAUCUGCGCAAUAAAUAUCCGCGGUCUAGUUACGAGAAUCGCGUGAAAAAUCGACAAAAGUCGAUCGCGAAGGCAACGUUGCGAAGGGUCUCCUCCGCUCGCGAACGUCAAUCAUAUAGCGGAACUGCCAUAACCGCCAUUAUUUAUCUGUCAGAACGUUUUCGUAUACGGAGAUCUGCGAAUAUUCCAAUUGCGAAGCGCACCGUAGGUUACGCGAUGAACCUGGAACGGCAACGAGCUUUCACAGAGUACAAAAAGAUACUGGACGAACUGAAGACAGCGUUCAUGGAAAGAUGGAAGAUUAACAAAACCGACAAUAUCAAACUGGAAGAUUUCGAUCAAUUUCGGACUGUGGGUACCGGCGCCUUCGGCCGUGUUAUACUCGUGAAAUAUAAACCAACGUCCACGUACUACGCCAUGAAGAUCUUAGAGAAAGCAAAAAUCGUGAAGAUGAAGCAAGUCGAGCAUACGUACAACGAGAAAAGGAUACUACAGUGCGUGAGGUUCCCCUUUAUCGUCUAUAUGGAGUAUUGUUUCAAAGACAAUUCCUACGUAUACAUGGUGUUACCGUUUAUCAACGGUGGCGAGAUGUUCACGCAUCUAAGACGAAUGGGGAAGUUCGACGAAUCUCUGGCGCGAUUCUACGCCGCGCAAGUUGCUCUCGCGCUCGAAUAUCUUCAUCACUGCAGCCUCGUUUACAGAGACUUGAAGCCGGAGAAUAUUCUAAUCCAAAACACCGGCUACAUCCGAGUGACAGACUUUGGCUUCUGUAAGAUGAUCGACGGUAGAACGUGGACUCUGUGCGGUACGCCUGAAUAUCUCGCACCGGAAGUAAUCUUAUCGAAAGGAUACGGUAAAUCCGUGGAUUGGUGGAGCUUCGGUGUUUUGAUCUACGAAAUGAACGCUGGAUAUCCGCCGUUUUAUUCGCGAGACCCGAUGAAAAUAUACGAGAAGAUCGUCUCUGGUAAGUACAAGUUCGCUCAUCAUUUUGGUGGAGAGCUGAGGGAUAUAUUGAAAAACAUACUGCAAGUGGAUCUGACCAGGAGAUACGGAAAUCUGAAAGGUGGAUCUAUGGAUAUAAAAGGGCACAGAUGGUUUCAGUCGACCGAUUGGAAUCAGAUAUACCAUCAGAAGAUACAGCCUAGUUUCAUACCGGAAUGCUCGGCGCCGGAAGACACCAGCAAUUUCGAUUUGUACGCGGAGGAGUCGCUGAAAAUAGCUACGAUGGAUCGUUACGCCAAGGAAUUCGCCAACUUUUAAUCGAACCGAUUACGGAAUACCGUUGAUUUAACAGCGAAGCGUAUCUUUGGAGAUACAGAGAACUGUACGCUACAGCGGAAGCUCGUUACGCGAAGCAACUUGAAACAGCGUUCGUCGCGUCAUCUCCGUCGUC